UGCCAGUAGGACACCACCGCGCCUCCUCUACCGGUGGCGUGUUUGGAGCAACCUGUCUGCCUCUCUCUACGCAUGUAGUCAAACGUGCUGCUGUAUUGUCUUGUGUGUCUGCGUUUAGUUUUAAUCAUGUCUGUAGUCAAAACUUGUUUAAAGCUGCUCCUGUUCACAGCAGUCUCCGUCCUGGCCGUGCUGCUGCUGCGGCACUGGAUGGCCACCAAGAACUACGUUUUCAACAAGGAAGACGUCGCAAAAUUGGCAAAACAGUACGCGGGACAAGACCACGAGCAGGCUUUCUCUAAAGUGGUGGUGGAGCUCAGGAAAAGGUAUCCUGGCCACAUCCUGCCGGAUGAGGACCUGCAGUGGGUGUUUGUGAACGCCGGCGGCUGGAUGGGCUCCAUGUGCCUCCUCCACGCCUCUCUCACAGAGUACUUGCUGCUGUUUGGUACUGCAGUGGACACAGGAGGACACUCAGGUCGGUACUGGGCUGAGAUUUCAGACACCAUCAUCUCUGGUACCUUUAGGCAGUGGAAGGAGGGGACAACCAAAAGUGAAAUCUACUAUCCUGGUGACACCAUUGUACAUGGUGUGGGAGAGGCCACGUCGGUCCAGUGGAGCGCCGGCACGUGGAUGGUGGAGUACGGCAGAGGGUUCAUCCCCUCCACGCUGGGCUUCGCUCUGGCAGACACACUUUUCAGCACCCAGGACUUCCUCACGAUGUUCCACACUGUGCACGUCUACAUGAAAGCUCUGCUGCUCGAGGCUGGUACACUACUCACAGAGGUUGGAGCUUUCUGAGGAUGAUCGCACGCGGACAGUAACAUGGGAGGGGGGGAUCUUCAGCGUGUUCACCUGAAACUGUAGACAAUCCACAUUUGCAUCGGUUAAUCUAACGUCUUCUUCAUUCUAUCGUGUAUCGCCGUGCAUCGCGACUUCUUCGCGAUGCACAAAAAAUGUUUAACUUUACCUCAUAUUGUGGUUUUAACCUUUAGAGCGAGACAUCAAACCGAUGUACUACUAAUCGAAAUCACAAACAUAAACAUUUCACUCUGAAGCAAUCCCUGGCUAAUCAUUUUCCAGAGAUAAGACUGAGGUUUUCAUUACUAUCACAUUUUAUCUUUCCAUAAUUAAGGCCUUAAAGCUUCUCUUGCCAAAUCUGAUAUUAUAAACAUUUCUAAAUACAUUUUUAAACAUUCAAAAUGGAUGUUCGUCAUUGCACAUUUGAACCUAGGCAUGAUUUUAAAUAUGUAACGAUAAUCUUGGCUUUCAAAGCAAAAGGAAAAUAUUCAAUCCACAACAAAGCCACUAUUUUCUUAGCACAUAUCCAUUUUUUGAUUAAAGGCGCGAUGAAUAUCUGUAAAUAGGAGUCUUGUGCAUAUUCGGCUUUGUGAACAUCUGACAUCUGGAAACCAGCGCCAUUAAGAGAGGCUUCGCGUUUCGCGCUUCUCUCGAUCCCGGCCACCAUUUCCUCAUCCGUAACUGACCUCUUUGCACUAUAUGUUGUUUUUAAAAAGUAUAAAACCCGAAAGGAUAAUCUUGUCAAAACUGCCUGAAUGAUUCACAUGUAAUAUAACAUCUCUUCUAUCGAUUCAUACCAGCUGAGAGACAGUUUUAUUUUUUUGUCUUGUUGUGUACUUUAGAGCUACAGUGCAGCAGCAUGUUUCAGUUUUAAUGGAGCAAUUCUCAGAUGUACUUUGUCUUAAUAAUCUCCAACUUUUUGACUUAAUGUUCAGGGUUCAGUGCAUUUUUUUUUUCUACCAAAUCCGCACUAGAGGUUUAUCUGAUACAACUAAUCAUAUCUGUAGCCUCAUGACUUAAUCUUUUCUGACUAUACAGCAGAAAGUUGACGGUUGUACAUGUAGAAGUAUACAGUGUGGUGAGAUUUUAACAGAAAUGCAUCCAGAGAAAGUUUGAAACCCUUUAAAUGUUUGUGCAAUUCAUAUUUGGCCAAGGAAGUGGGAAACACUACAACAGACCUCUGUUAUGUUAAACUGCAAUAUAAUGUCAGUCUAAUUUAAAACUAAUAGAUAGAAAUGUUCUAGAGAGUAAUAUACCCGUUGUGAUCUACUUGAAUGUAGCUGGACUUUUAUCGUUCAGUGCGUUUACAUGCACACUAAUAAUCCGCUAUUAUUCUGAAUAUAAUGAACAUAUUCUGAAUUUCAUAGAAGUCAUGUGAUCAAUAUUACAAUUGAAACCUUUUGAAGAAUGGAGCAUUUUCUAAUUAAAAACCUGACCGACAGCAGAUGCUAAAAUCAGGUUUUAGAAGCAGUCUGGACAUUGAUGCAGCUCCAUCAGAAUCAGGAUCUCACUUGAUCUCUUUUCUUUUCUUAAGGUCUGUGUAUUCACAAAACAACUAGCCAACGAUUUGGAAGGCUUGAACAGGAAUGCGUGCCAGAAAGAUUUCAGAAUUAGAGCAAAUUCGAACAUUUAGUGCAUGUAAACGUACUGAUUGUCUUUAGUUUCCCUUCGUGAUGUGGAGUUUUGCACUAUCCCACCAGGGACCAAAACUUAAUUUCCACAUCUUAAUCUAAUACUGAGCAGAAACGUAAUUGCGUCGUUUUUCAUUUGACGUUCUACUGUACGAGCAAACAUCUGCUGAAUCGACCAUGUCUUAAGCUUAGACGGUUUCAGAUAAAAUAGCCUUAUUCUCAACCACGUUUAAUAAUUCAUACACGGAAGCAUCAGUAGCAGUGUGGUCUCGGAUGGUAAACCUGUCAACACGUUACUGUACCAGAUGUGCAAUUUACUGGGGUAAAGACUGACACUGACAGUGCCAGAGGAAAUAAAUGAUUUGAAGUAAAA